AUAAUAAUAAUCAAUUUACAACAAUAAAAACCACAAAUAAUAAUAAUAGUAAUUCUUAUCAAAAUAGUUAUAAUUCUCGACGGUCAAAUAGAAUUAUAAAAAAUAUAAAUAAUAAUAAUUUAAAUAAUUUAAAUAAUUUAAUAAUCAAUUCAACUAUUCCAAUUAUUCCAACUAUUCCAAUUUCAGAAUAUAAUUUAAAAUCUUAUUUUACACCACGUAUCGUAUAUUUAUGGAUCAAAAAUUUAGAAUCUAUCACUUAUUUAACACAAGAAUUAAACGAAAGACUUAAUUCAGAUUUUAUUUCUUUGGAAUGGGUUCGAUUUCGUGAAUAUCUAAAAAAUAAUCCAGACCAAAUAACAGAUUCAAAUUUUGAAGUGAAUUUAGUUAAGAAAUAUUAUUUUUUGAAUUAUGAAUAUUCCAUCGAACUUAUUCAAGCAAUUAGUGCAAUUAUGUUCAGAUCACCAAUCUAUGUUAAAGGCAUUUGGGAUUCACUUGAU